ACGAAAUCUUUAUUAAACUAGACAAAAUGUUGUGCUGUGUGUGUUUAUUGGAAACUCAUAAAGUGUUGGGCAUUUAUGAUGAAAAGGGGAUAAACCUCAAUAUAGGCAAUAUUAUAAACAAAUAUUUUUGGUUCAAGACACAUCCAGAUGAUUCAUUUACAUCCCAUAUCUGUACAAUAUGCUGGCAAAAAACUGAAGACUUUCAUGAAUUCUAUCAAGGCGUGGAAAGGACACAUAAGUUAUUCCAACAAAAUCAACAUAAACUCACUACCAUCAAGGAGGAGGAGGAAAUAACCAUUAUCAAACAGGAGGAGAAUCAAGAAGAGAUUACAUAUGAAAAUAAUCUUAUGCAAAUCGAAAUAGAUAUUAAAGAAGUUGCAGAUAAUGAAAAAGCUGAGACUGCUGAGAAAAAUCCAUUAGAAAAUGAACAAAUUCAUAGUGAUUUUAAUGAAGAUGAGGACUUUGACCAUGAAUGUAGCAGCUCCACAUCAGAUGAAUACGAGCCCUCAGAAAUUAGUGAACCAGAAGAUAUAUUAAAUGAAGACAAAACGGAAAAUGUAAUUAAAAAUAAAAAUGCUAAAAGUAAAUCUAAACGCAAAGAUUCAAAUAAAAAUGAGAAAAAGGAUGAUACACCCAAAAAGAAAAGGAGUUCUCACCGUUUAGAUCCAAUACUGACAGAGCAAUUGAUUAAAAAACAUAUACCAAUGUUGUGUGAUUUGUGUGUAUUUUCGGGCAACUCAUUCUCUGAUAUUGUAGGACACUUCAAAGAGCAUCAUUCAAACGUACAACCCUAUAUAAUGUGUUGUAAUAGGAAAUUUACUAGAAGUUAUUGUAUCGAUCAACAUGCAAUAAUACACGAAAAUCCGGAUUCAUUUAGAUGUAAUGAAUGUAAUAGAUCAUUUACCACAACCUAUGGAUUGCGAACGCAUAACUUAAAUCACCAUGCACCUGAGGAGAAGCGUAUACAUGCUUGUGAAUUUUGUCCACGACGAUUUGGUAGGCGACAGUUACUAGAAGUUCAUAGACAAACACACAUACCAAAAGAAGAAUGGACCAUAACAUGUACAAAAUGUACUACACGCACAGUUAAAUUUGUUUCCCAAUAUUUACUGAAUAUACAUAAUAGCAUGUUUCAUAGAAGAGAAGCAAACAUUUGUCACGUCUGUGCGAAAGAAAUAAAAGAUAAAAAAGCAUUUGAAAAGCAUGUACGUGCACAUUUUGAAGAUAGUGGACCACGUGUUAAAUGUACACAUCCUAACUGUGACCGCUGGUUAAAGGAUGAAGAUAAUUUAAAAACUCACAUGCAGCUGCAUAAUCUGGCGGGUAAAACGUACAAAUGUUCGGAAUGUGAUAAGGAAUGUCCAAAUCGAAGGGCACUGACAAAUCAUAAGCGUUAUGUCCAUUCAAAUCCAACAUUUCGCUGCGAAGAAUGUGAUAAAACUUUUAAAAAAGCUAUUUCAUUAAGGGAGCAUAUGACUCAACAUACAGGUGAAACAUUGUACAGUUGUCCCUUCUGUACAAGAACUUUUAAUUCAAAUGCAAAUAUGCAUGCUCAUAAAAAGAAACAACACCCGAUUGAAUGGAAAGAAUUGAGAAGAAAAAAUAUUGGUCCAUUACCAAAUUAAUACAUUUUUUAAAUUAAGAUGGUUUUUUAAUUAUACAUAUACUAAAUGAUUUUAAUAGAAAAAAAUAGUCUUAUAUCUCUUAAUUUCUCGUUAAAAAUAUCUAGGGACAAGCAAAUGCAACCAGCAAAAAUCAGUAACAAUUUGCACAAUUAAUAAAAAUACAUAGAUACGUGAACGCCA